AUGGCCAGAAAAGAGAGAACAUUUGACGGGUGUUGGACAUGCCGAUCGCGAAAGGUUAAAUGCGACUUGACAAAGCCAUUUUGUUUGCGGUGUACCAAACUGAAACGGGAGUGCCUUGGAUAUGCUAUCAAAUUGAGAUGGAGCGAUCCAGUUACGAUAUCUAGAGACAAAAGCAUGACUAGCUUGAAACUGGGAGAUGGCGAGUUAGAUAAUAUGCAAAGGAGGAAUGUGGAUUUGAUGGAAUUUCCUCGAGAAAUGCUUUACGAGACGUAUGCAGAGUUGAAUUCGAUUUUGGAAAAAGUUGAUGACUCGGCGAUAAUUUCGGGUAAGGCAAAUUUGGGUCCAUUUAGAUGUUUUAGACUUGUUGAAGGCACACUGGAUCCAAAUGUGGACAGAAAGCAAGAAAUUCGAGUACCAAUAGUGCCGUUGAGGUCGCCUCCCACUUCCCCACCAAUUCAACCGACUCCUCCCACGAAAAGACGAAAAGUGGGCACUAGUAUUUCCAAAACCUCUAUAUUCUCCAAAACUAACAAUAGUCAUGUCCAUUAUGACCUUCUAAACUUUGCGAAACUUACAAUCUUGGCAAUCAAAGGCCCCGACUACAAAUUCAAUGACCAAAACAUGCUACAUAUAUUGUAUCCUAAAUUUUUCCCCAACAUUGACUCUGAUGAUGCCUGGUUUGCCAAUGCGACAUUAGUCAAUAGUAAACUAUACACGAGAAGGGACAAUGAGUUGACAUUGUACCCGUUAUUCCGCAACCUAUUGGAUCAUUUCACGCUGGAUUUGUUUAGUGUGAAUCGUAUUGGGAUGAAGAAUAAUUAUUUUGACAUUUUGGUUAUCCCAUAUGUUAAGCAAAUUGUGGGUCAAUUUAUAUGCUGGGACUUUGCCUUUUGGGAUGUCAAUGAUUUGCAAGAGUUGGAGGAAUUGGAUGACAAACAGUUGUUACAAGGUAUAAAAUUGUGCAUCAUAUAUUUGUGCUUAGGCCUCAGCGCCUUCAAAGUGUCCAAAAGAACCUCUUUGCAUGAAGAAAAUGAAGAUGACGAGUACAAAAUUGAUGAAUACUUGAAAAUUGGUAUCGAGUUACGGAAACUAGGCAUCAAGUUGUUGAAUUAUCAUUUGGAUGAGUCGGAUGUAAUUGCCGAGCGACAGAAGGGGGAUAAAGCAGUUGAAGAUUACGACACCAUGUUGCUUCUUGCUUUAAUUCUACAAAUUGAACUAGACAGUAUGUUUAGUGUGUUUGAAAAUUUGGACUUGAUUUAUGCUAUUGGAGACUUUGUCAUCAAGAACAAAUUGGAAACGAGGACCCGAAAUGGUACCAUGAACAAAUUUCUCAUUAAUGCAUUCAAGAUUAAAUACUUCUUAUAUGAAAGUACACAGGCAAUCAACUUGUUCAAUUACCAAAUGGAAGAAGAAGAUGAGAAGCGGUAUAGGGAUUUGAAAGAGGACUACAAUUUGAUUGAUGAUCUCGAUAGUGACGAUGACGAAGAGAAAGACACUGCCCUCGAUUCAAGAUUCAAACCUAGUAUUGAAAAUUUACUUGCGGCAAGUGAACCAACAAAGAUGGAGUAUGUACCAACAGCCUUUACAAUCAAUUUCAACAAUAAUAGACAAUACAGUGCGGCAUAUGAGCUCACGGGGGACUCUAUUGAGAGUUCACCUUCACAAAUCAAGUUUGCACCAAGCUUGAAUAUCAGAUUCACCACCACUUUAGACACAGAACUUAUCUAUUUGAUGUAUGGAAUACCCAAGGAUUUAUUACAUAUAUUUCACGAAUCUAUCCAUUUGGCUAAUCAUAAAAAUAUAUUCACUGUCAAGAAGGUAUUUCCUCGAAAUUUUCCUCGAAUAUGUGCUGAAGUGGAGGAUAAAUUGCUAAGAUGGAACCUAAGUCAACUGAGUUGGAAUCUAGAUCCAAAGAAUGUGUUUCACAAUUUCCUUACCAAUCACGUCUACUCUUUUCACCAAGCAGUGAUUAUAUGUCACAACAAACUAGUUAAAAAAAAUUUUGACAUCCAUCAACAUCAAGACUCGGUGAAGAAAUGUUUAGAUUAUCUAUGCCAAGCAGUGGACGGUGCUACCCAGCUACACCUUAAUUACAAACCGAUGUUUUGGAAUUUGCUAAUUUCCGGCUCAGUAGCAGCCGAAACAUCAACUCAGGAACGUAUCAAACAGAUGUGGCAAACGUGUCCUGGCUUUGAAUUACAAUCGAACCAUUGGCGAGCAAAACAAAUAUUGUAUGAGAUUUGGAAAAGAAGAGCCAAUGGCGAAGAAGAAGAGGCUAAUUUAGGAUUCAUGAAUUUGAUCCGUGAAUGGGAUAUAGCACUAAGCUUAGGAUAG